AAUACCCCAGGCAGCACAGCUCAAACUCCAGUAAAACAACACACACUGGAUGUGGUUGACAUUGUGAUCCUGACUGUAUAUUUAGUGUUUGUCUUGGCUGUAGGACUCUGGUCUAUGUACAGGACAAAGAGGAACACUGUGAAAGGCUAUUUUUUAGCUGGGAAGAAUAUGGUAUGGUGGCCGAUUGGAGCGUCACUGUUUGCCAGUAAUGUGGGAAGUGGGCAUUUCAUCGGAUUAGCUGGAACAGGAGCAGCCUCUGGGAUUGCUGUCAGUGCAUAUGAAUUCAAUGGAAUGAUUAUUGUGAUCCUGCUGGCUUGGUGUUUUCUCCCCAUUUACAUUGCAGCUGAGGUCACCACCAUGCCCGAAUAUUUACGAAAACGGUUUGGAGGCCAAAGAAUUCGGCUCUUUAUUGCAAUUCUCUACUUAUUCAUCUACAUAUUCACAAAGAUAUCGGUUGAUAUCUAUGCUGGAGCUGUCUUUAUUCAGCAAGCUCUUCGCUGGGACCUGUACAUUGCAGUGAUUGGAUUAUUGGCGAUCACUACUCUCUACACUGUUGGGGGUGGGCUAGCCGCUGUAAUAUACACCGAUGCCCUACAGACUGUGAUCAUGCUGAUUGGGGCUCUGGUUCUCAUGGGAUUCGCUUUCGUUAAGGUUGAUGGUUAUUCAGGUCUUCAGGAACUAUACUUCCAUGCCAUCCCCAGUAUCCGUGACCUCAAUACAACCUGUGGCCUCCCAAGGAAUGAUGCCUUCCACAUAUUUCGGGACCCUGUGACCUCUGACUUUCCUUGGCCAGGUGUAUUGAUCGGAAUGACCAUCCCUUCGAUCUGGUAUUGGUGCACAGAUCAGGUCAUUGUCCAGAGGUCACUCUCUGCGAAGAAUCUGCUCCAUGCCAAAGGUGGCUCCUUGUUGGCCGUCUACUUGAAAAUCUUGCCUGUUUUCAUCAUGGUUCUUCCAGGCAUGAUAAGCCGAGUACUCUUUCCAGAUGAAGUGGCUUGUGCUGAUGCUGACACCUGUCAGAGAAUUUGUGGGAACAAAGUUGGUUGUUCGGACAUUGCCUACCCGAAGCUGGUAAUGGAGUUGCUGCCAGGAGGACUGCGAGGCCUUAUGAUGUCAGUAGUGAUUGCAGCCUUGAUGUCCUCCCUCACUUCAAUUUUCAACAGUGCGAGUACAUUGUUUACAAUAGACAUCUGGCACCACAUCCGACCUCAGAGCACUGAGUGGGAGCUCAUGAUCGUUGGCAGGGUGUUUGUUCUCGUCCUGGUGGUGCUCUCUGUCCUGUGGAUUCCUUUGGUACAAAUGAGCCAAGGUGGCCAACUCUUCCAGUACAUCCAAUCCAUCAGCUCCUACCUCCAGCCACCCGUCGCAGUUGUCUUCAUGACCGGUUGCUUCUGGAAACGAACUAAUGAGAUGGGCGCGUUCUGGGGCCUCUUGACAGGGAUCCUGGUUGGUUGCACUCGAAUGGCUUUGGACUUCAUUUAUCCAGAGCCUCUGUGUGACCAACCUGAUAACCGGCCUCUGGUGACCAAGUACGUUCAUUACCUGCAUUUUUCCAUCAUCCUUUCUGUCUUUACAUUGAUUGUUGUGGUGAUCAUCAGUCUCAGUACAAAACCUCCAGAUCUAGAAAGGAUUAGUCGUUUGACCUGGUUCACCCGUUUUGAAAGAACCGAUUCUGUGGUAAAACAGCUUGAUGAAGCUGCACCUGAAAUGGAUUCUACAACCAAACAGCCUGAAGAGAGUAAGCAGCAUCGAGAGGAUAUCAGCAACACAGGUAGCAUCACUGUCUCAAAGGAUCAACUUGACGAUGGUGAGGUUCAUUUAGAGGAAGACAGUAGCGUUAGCAAUGCCAGUCUGUCCGAGAAUAUAUCAAUGAAGAAACGUUCAAAGCUGAUCUCCUUCCUGCUGUGGUUCUGUGGGAUGGAUAAGAAGGAAGAAACAGUUAAUUCUCCAACAAAUGAAGCUUUGGAUAACACUAACGUGUUACAUGAAAACCCUCACAUGCGCAACUUUGUUAAUGCUAAUUUAAUCGUCUGUUUGAGUGCUGCUGUCUUCCUCUAUGGAUUUUUCGCUUAA